AUGAAUGUGCAGCCGUGUGCUAGAUGUGGCUAUGGGGUUUACCCUGCUGAGAAGAUUAACUGUAUAGAUCAGACAUGGCAUAAAGCCUGUUUUCACUGCGAAGUGUGCAAGAUGAUGUUAACAGUAAACAACUUUGUUAGCCAUGAGAAAAAGCCUUACUGUCAAGCACAUAAUCCAAAAAACAAUGCGUUCACAAGCAUAUUUGAGACACCAGUAAAUAUGAAUGCAAAAAAACUGUCGGAAGUGGUAAGUGAGAUAAAAUAUCGAGAAAGUGCUGAACAAUUCAAAUCAGUCUUUCAAUGGGAUGUAAGAUCCAGAGAAAUUGAAGCUGCCUAUAAAGCCCAACAACUGGCCACCCAGAAUGCUUACUAUGCUGCCUAUGAGGAGGGAAAAUCGUGGUACUCGGGAACCAUCCCAGAUCCUGACAUGGUCAAGAUAACACAGGCACAGAAGACUCUGAGUGAUUUUCAAUAUACAGAAGAAUAUGAGCCGCGGAGAGGCAAAGGCAGCUUUCCUGCUAUGAUCACUCCAGGUUAUCAAGUUGCUAAGAGAGCCACCCAGCUAAGCAGUGAUGUAGAAUAUAAGCGGGGACAUGAAGAGAGAGUUUCGAAGUUCACCUCUGUGGUAGACACUCCAGAUAUACUUCAUGCAAAGGUUGGAGGACAGCUUUCAAGUGACUUGAAAUAUACAGAAGACUUUGAAGAACGGAAAGGGAAAGGCAGCUUUCCUGCUAUGAUCACUCCAGCUUAUCAAAUAGCCAAGAGAGCAAAUGAAUUAGCCAGUGAUGUAAAGUAUCAUCAAAGAUAUGAAAAAGAGAUCAAGGGAAAAGCCAGCCAUACAGCUGGAACAGAUGUUACUUUUGCAAGAGAAAAUGUAGAUCAAUAUGGCCAGGAUUAUAUGGAUGAGUAUGAAGAACGCAGAGGGAAAGGAAGCUUUCCUGCUAUGAUCACUCCAGCUUAUCAAAAUGCCAAGAAAGCAAAUGAAUUAGCAAGUGAUAUAAAAUACAAGAAAGAUCUUUCCAAGAUGAAAGGUGCAGCUCACUUUCACUCCCUAACGGCUGAAGACAACUUAGUCCUUAAACAAGCCCAAAGUGUUAACAAGCUUGUCAGUGAGGUAGAGUAUAAGAAGGAUCUUGGAAACAACAGAGGCUACAGCAUGAACUACUGUGAUACUCCGCAAUUCAAGAAUGUGAGCAAGAUCUCAAAAUUCACCAGUGAUCUUAAAUACAAAGAAACCUACCAGAACCAGAUGAAAGGUCAUUAUGUAGGUAUCGGCAUGGACAAGCGAAUGCUACAUGCUAUGAAAGUUGGCAGCUUGGCAAGCAAUAUAGCCUAUAAAUCUGAUUACAAACAUGACGGUGUUGACUACAAUUACCCAGCUACUGUCACUCCUUCAUAUCAGACAACAAGGAAGUUGGUCCCUUUGAAAGAUGUAAACUACAGGCAAAGCAUAGACAAGCUGAAGUACAGCUCUGUUACCAGCACUCCACAAAUUGCUCAAGCCAAAAUAAAUGCGCAGCAGCUCAGUGAUUUGAACUACCGAGCCCAGUACGAGAAGACAAAAACAAAUUACACUCUACCUCAGGACGUACCUCAAUUAGUCAAGGCAAAAGCCAAUGCUGAGUUAUACAGUGAGAUAAAGUACAAAGAAGGCUGGGAGAAGAGUAAGGGCCGGGGCUUUGAAAUGAAACUUGAUUCUCUGCCUUUGCUUGCUGCCAAAGCUUCAAGGGAUCUUGCCAGUGAUAUUAAAUAUAAAGAAGAAUAUGAAAAAACAAAAGGAAAAGCAAUUGGAACCAAGGAUUCAAGACUUUUGCACUCUCUGCAGGUGGCCAAGAUGAGUAGUGAGAUUGCCUACAAAAAAGAUUUUGAGGAGAGUAAGACCCAUUUCCAUCUACCUAUGGAUAUGAUAAACUUGAGACAUGCUAAGAAGGCCCAGGCACUUGCUAGUGACUUGGAUUAUAGAAAGAGACUCCAUGAAUACACAGUGGUUCCAGAAGACAUGAAGACCAAAUGGGCAAAGAAGGCCUAUGGUCUCCAGAGUGAUCUUCGAUAUAGGGCAGAUCUGAUGUGGAUGAAAGGAGCUGGGUGUAUUACAGAAGGAAGUCUUAAUAUACAGCAAGCCAAAAAGGCAGGAGAUUUGGUCAGUGAGAAAAAGUACAGACAGAAGGCUGAUGCUCUGAAGUUCACCAGUGUGGCUGACAGUUCUCAGAUCAAACAUGCCAAGAAAAGCCAGGAACUGCAAAGUGAUGUUGCCUACAGGUCAGGAAAAGAGCAGUUUCUUCAUCAGUACACCAUCAGCAAAGAUGAUCCUGUCUUCAUACUGGCCAAAGCAAAUGCUGCCAAUAUCAGUGAGAAACUGUACAAGAGUAGCUGGGAGAAGCAGAAGGAAAAAGGAUUUGUGCUUCGUCUGGAUGCUUUGUCAUUCUUGACAGCUACGGCAAAGAGGGAUCUGGCAAGUGAUAUUAAAUAUAAGGAAGAUUAUGAGAAGAUGAAGGGUAAGCUGAUCGGAGUAAAAGCUGUGGAGGAAGAUUUGAAGAUGGCUCAUUCUCUUCAAAUGUCAAAGUUGCAGAGUGAUCUGGAGUACAAGAAGGCAUUUGAGGAUACAAAGAAUCAGUUCCAGGUCUCCAUGGAUAUGGUUAACCUUGUCCAUGCCAAAAAGGCUCAGAAUUUGGCUACAGAUAGAGGAUACAAGACAGCUCUCCAUCACUACACAGCCCUGCCUACUGACAUGAAAGUGGCAUGGGCCAAGUGGGCCUAUGGAUUGCAAAGUGAUAACCGAUACAGAGCAGAUUUGAACUGGAUGAAAGGAGUUGGAUGGAUAGCCACUGGGUCAUUAAAUGUGGAGCAGGCUAAGAAGGCAGGAGAACUCAUUAGUGAGAAGAAGUACCGUCAGCAUCCAUAUGCUUUGAAGUUUACCAGUAUUAAAGACACUCCUGAGAUGAUCCAGGCUAGAAUUAGUUAUAACCAGGCUGUGGAUAGGCUGUACAAGGAGCAUGGAGAGAGUGUAAAGCACCAGUAUACACCAACAACAGAUCUUCCUGAAAUCCUUCAGGCCAAAUUAAAUGCUAUGAAUAUCAGUGAGAUUCGCUAUAAGGAGUCCUGGGGAAAGAUGAAAGAUGGUGGCUAUCAACUGAAACUAGAUGCAAUUCCCUUCCAGGCAGCAAAGGCUUCGGGUGAAAUCAUAAGUGAUCACAAGUAUAAGGAGGCAUUUCAGAAAACGAAAGGACAGAUGGUUGGCUCACGUGGCCUGGAUGGUGAUAUUCGUAUUGCUCAUUCAGUCCAUGCAGCAUCGCUACAGAGUGAUGUGAAAUAUAAGCAAGGUUUUGAGAAUACAAAGACUCACUUCCACCUGCCACUGGAUAUGGUAAACUUGGUACAUGCCAGGAAAGCCCAGUCUUUGGUCAGUGAACAAGAAUACAGACAGCUGCUACACCAGUACACUUCUUUGACUGAUGAUGUGAGAUUGCGGUGUGCCAAGAAUGCAUACAAACUACAGAGUGAG